AUGGGAACUGGAUGCACAAAACUAAAUUACAAACACUUAGUUGAAGUAUCUAACCCAAACCUACAACCUAAUGACAGGACUAACACCCCAAACAAUUCUCGGUCUCUUCCUCAGGCAGACUAUGCCAAAUCUCGGACUACCUCUUUUAAAAAGAAAAAAAGUAUGAGCAAAGACAAAGAUUUUUCCUCUUAUAUAGAAGCUUCUGCAGCUGAAAUCGACCCUUAUGCCACAAAAACAUCAGAAGACAAAGAUAUGAUUUUGACUGCUCUGAAUAGUCACUUUAUUUUCACAAGUUUAACUGAAGAAGACAAAGAAAUGGUCGCUGAAUCAAUGCAGCUCUAUUUAUUUGAGACUGGGGCUAUAGUUUUUGAACAAGAAAUGCCUGCACGAUCAUAUUAUGUUUUAAGGACUGGGCUAUUGGAAGUGUUUGUGAAUGGAAAAUCAGUCAAUAAAAUCAAGCCUGGGGAAGGGUUUGGAGAGCUUGCAUUAUUGCAUGAUAACCCUAGAAGCGCCACUGUAAAAUGUUCAGCGCCUUCAGGGCUCUGAGGUGUCGAACGACAAACCUUCAGAAAAGUCAUUGAAGAAAUGAAUACACAAAUCUAUGAACAAAACCGAGAAUUCAUAGAAAAAGUCACAUUGCUGCAGCCUUUGAAUCCUCGGCAAAAGGACUCAUUGGCAGCGUCGCUAGUUAUUUAUAAAUACUAUAGUGGCCAAAAAAUCAUUACAGAAGGAGAAACGGGGCAGCAAUUGUUUAUUAUUAAAGAAGGGAUUGUGAGUGUACAAAGAGGCAGCCAGGAAAUUGCAAGACUACACUCAGGGGGGUAUUUUGGAGAAAUGGCGCUGCUGAAUAAUGCACCGAGAUCUGCUACAUGUGUUGCAGUUGAUGGGCCUGUUAAGUGCCUAGUUUUAAGUAGAGAAACUCUUCAGAAAAACUUGUCAAAUCAGCUACAAGAUAUUAUCGAAAAAAAUACAAUUAUGGAAGCUAUUUUUUAAUAUCUCUAUAGACUAAUAAAUUUUAGCUUUUUUUUCUAUUUUCAUACAAAAUUAAACUAUGUUUUUACUAUCCCCUUACAAAUUCAUUAAAAUCGCUAUAUAAAUAAGUCAGAAACCUUAUCCUUGCUAAACAAACAUCAAAAAGAGCUUAUCUGUAAAGAUAUUGACCACAGAGUCUACAAAGGAGGAGACGUCGUUAUCCCCCAAAGCACCCUCUGCAAGCUAAAACUAUAUAUCGUUAUAUCAGGCAGACUUCAAUAUGCAAGAACUUCUCAUACCUUUGCAGAUAAAGGGACUUGUGUGGGUGAUCAAUAUAUCACUCAGGUUAACCCUGAAGAUGUAAAAUACGAAGACGAUAUGAUCGCUGCUUCUGACAUGAAGGUGGGAGAACUCACCAAAUAUAAAUUUGAAGUAAGUAUUGGUGGGAAAUAUGAAGAUGUUGUAAAAGAAAAUGCAGCCACAAAUAUUUUGCGAAAAGUUUUCCUAUUUAAAACUCUUGACAGCUCACAGAUGAAAGAACUAUUCAGCAUCAUCAACACUGAAAAAUUCUCUGACGGCGAAGUAAUUUUGCAAGAAAAAAGUCAAAGCCAGCACAUUUUUAUAGUGAAAAGAGGAAAAGUUGACAUUAUGAGAGGAGACGUUAUCAUAAGAACAGUCACAAAGCACGAUUACUUUGGGGAGCGCGGAAUUCUAUUUGAAAGUGCUGCUAGUGCUACUUGUCGAGCCAAUGGAAACGUCACGCUUUGGGUUAUCAAUAAUAACGACUUUAUCAAUAUUUUGAACGAAAACAUGAGAAAGCAGCUGCUUCAUAGAAUUCGUAUGGAGGAUGAAAGAGCAGAGCUUGAAGACCUAGCGAUUAUAAGGCAAAUUGGCAGAGGAAUGUUCGCAAAAGUGUAUUUAGUGCAUCCCAGAGACUCAAAAAAUUUAUAUGCGCUGAAGGUUGUGGAAAGAAGAGUGAUUGAGAAAUUCGCAAUACAAGAACAGUUGUUGGUAUUCUUUAUGUAGCUGGAAAAACAUAUUUUGAACUUGUGUGACCAUCCUUUUAUAGUGAAACUUAUAAGGGAUAAAUAAAAUGGCAUUCGGUUCGAGAGAAAUUAGCUUUGCUAAUUUUCUCUCCCUCAUGGAAUUUUAUUUAUAGGGUUAGGUUUUCACUCGAGAACUUCUGGACAGCAAUAGCGGUUUAACUCUGGGGAUAACCAGAGGAACCACUCCUCAGUCCACUCAAGAUUUCGGGCUUUUACCUCUCAGCACAUCCCCACGGGAGGAUGACCCUUAGGCGGAACACGCGCAGGAGCUGAGUCGAGCGACAAGGGCGACGGCAACGCGCCGGGUGAGACGUGCAGCAGGGCUGGUGAAGCAGGAGUUGUUAGAAGGCUUGGACGGGGCUGACCCGUGCCAAGAUGGCUCGCCUACGUCAUCAGUUUUGCUAUAGGCCCCUUUUGGGCUGUGGCACUAGACACCUUAAACACCAGAUAAUUAAGUAAGUAAGUAAGUAAGAAACUUAUAAGGACUUAUAAAGAUUAUAAAAGAAUAUACUUCUUGCUUGAGUAUGUUCAUGGCAUGCAGCUCAGCGAAAUUUUAAUGAAAAUCGGGCUUUUUACAAAUAGCGACACACAGUUUUACUUGGGAUCUCUAAUCUUGGCCCUUCAAUAUCUUCAUGAGCGAGACAUCAUAUAUCGCGAUUUAAAGCCUGAAAACAUCAUGAUUAACGAUACAGGCUUUAUCAAACUAAUUGAUUUUGGCACUGCCAAAAUCAUCCCAUCCCGUACUUAUACACUUGUGGGCACUCCUCAUUAUAUGGCCCCAGAAGUGAUUGUUGGGAAAGGCUACAAUAAAAAUGCUGACUUAUGAAGUCUUGGUGUGUGCAUGUAUGAGUGCUUAUGCGGCCGUGUUCCAUUUGGAAAUGAAGAAACUGACUGUUAUAGAGUCUAUGAAGAAGUACUUGAAAAAGAAAUAGACUGGCCUGAUGAUAUAGACCCUGUCAGCGAAACAGCCAAAAAUUUUAUAGAGCAGCUUUUAAGUAAAUAUGCAGAAUCCCGAGCUGGAGGGUCUAUUGAUAAUUUAAAAAAGCAUGAGUGGUUCACUGGGUAUGACUGAGAUAACUUAAUUAAUGAAGCUGUAAUACCUCCAUAUACACCAAAUUUAGGCGAAAAAACUGAAGAUUUGCAGAAUAAUGCUGGGCAUGUGUAUAUGUGGGAUGCGCCACUGGAUAAUGAAAGUGAGGAGGAAGAGUCGCUGCCUGAUAUUUCUGAUACAGAACUGGAAGCAUAUAAAAAAAGUAUUCCUGAAAACUGGGAUGAAGGUUUUUAA